CCAAUUAGAGAGGACCACGUGAAUUUGCCCCCCUACUUAGAGCCACGUGAAGGCGGCAUUCGUGUCUUCCCAGAAAAAGACGACACUGUGUGUAAAAAUCCGUGUGUGAAAAGAGAAAGCGAACUAUGCACGCCUUGGUGAACGCCUUCAUGCGCUGCCUCUCAUUUCUCUUGCCUCCCCCUUGGCUUUGUGUCAGCUUUUGCUUGUGGGUUGGGAAUGAGUGCGAAGAGACGCUGCCGCGGCCCAAUCCCAGAGCUUGUUUCAAAAGCAGAAAGCCUCUUACAUAUGAGGAAGUAGCAGCAGUGGCAGCAGCAGUAGAAGCCCAAGGAGGCUCCAGCCCGUCGCGCUCACCAGUUCCAGGCUGCGUCUCGCUGGCUGCUACAAGCCCCGCUGCUCCUCAGGGCCCUCCGUCGGGUCGGAUCUGGAUCGGGGGUCUCUGGCUAGCCGUGGAGCGCGUCUUCGGAACCCCCUGGGUCAUUCUCCGCCAUCACUGGUGCCCGAAGAGGCGUCGAGCAGCUUUACGCACCCCGUAUCCUGUCUGUGCCUUCGAGUCGAGCAAGAUUAAAAGCUUCCAGGGAGGCGCUGCUGCUGCUGCUUCUGUUGCUGCUACAACAGAAGAAAGGAAGGGAGCGGGAGGAAGCACCUUGACCUAUUCGAGGAACAUGAGUGAGUCCGUGGGGAUCCCCAAUCCGAACCCGGCGGAGUGCGCCUCAGAUGCGUCAGCGGAGCAGAGCAUCGAUGAGGUAAUCACCGUGGAUCAGCACACGCAAGAGAUGGGGACGGUGACGAUAACGGUGGCCAUUCAAGCGGCAGAGGACGAGGAACCCGAGGAAGUGUCGCCCAAUAUUGACUUCCUUGGCGGCAGCUGUAGUGAGGACGAAAUCGGAAGACACGACAAAUCAAGCGGUGCCGGGACCAGUGGCGGGGAGGAGGAGAGCUGGCAGCCCCCAGAUCCAGAGCUCAUCCAGAAACUGGUCACUCAGAUCGAAUACUACCUUUCGGAUGAGAACCUGGAGCAUGAUGCCUUCCUGCUCAAACAUGUCAGACGCAACAAACUCGGGUUUGUCAGCGUCAAGUUGCUCACUUCAUUCAAAAAGGUGAAACACUUGACUCGUGACUGGAGAACAACUGCUUAUGCUCUGAGACACUCAAAGAUACUUGAGCUGAACGAUGAGGGCCGUAAGGUGCGGCGUAAAUCUGCAGUCCCAGUCUUUGCCAGUGAGUCGUUGCCUAGCCGCAUGCUGCUGUUAAGUGAUUUGCAGAGGUGGCCAGAGCUGGCUGCUCUCACUAAGGAUAAUGGAGGCAGUGAGGGAGGAGCCACACAGCAGGAGCAGCUGAUGAAGCUGCUGCUGAAAGCGUUCGGAACAUACGGCACCAUCGCCUCCGUAAGAGUCCUGAAGCCAGGGAAAGACCUGCCGGCUGACCUGAAGAGGCUGAGUGGCCGCUACACUCAGCUAGGCACGGAGGAAUGUGCCAUUGUGGAAUUUGAGGAGGUGGAGGCUGCUGUAAAUGCUAAUGAAGCUGUGGGGAGCGAGGAUGGAGGGUCCAGUUCGCUGGGGUUGAAGGUAGUCCUGAUUGGCACCAAGCCGCCCAAGAAAAAGGUACCUAAAGAACGGCCGCGUGAGGAGGGAGGGAUGCGCAAAAGUCGCUCGCUCAACAGCAGAGUACGAGAGCUUAAGUGCCACGGGGAUGACUCGGCCUGCAGCUCCUCAGAGACUGAGAGCACUCCUACGUCUCCUAGGCUGACCAGAAAGUCCCAGUCCUGCAACAAGCUCAGCCCCACCACUGCAGGAAUCAGCUUCCAGAACAAUCACCUGAGUCCUGGCAUGUCCCCGCGUAACAGUCCCUGGUCCAGCCCCCGUGCCAGCCCCUGUUCUCAGCGCAAAUCUCCUCAUUCCCACAAGUCUCCCUUAGUCAGCGAAGGCAGACUGAGCCCCGAGCCGGGGCGCCGCUGGGCAGACUACUCCUCAGACAGUAGCCUCACCCCUUCAGGGAGCCCGUGGGUUCAGCGGCGCAAGCAGGUGGCUUCUCAAGAGAGCAGUCCGGUUGGCAGCCCGAUGCUGGGCAGAAAGAUCCAGAACGCUGACGGCCUGCCACCGGGGGUAACGAGGCUGCCAAGGGGUCCCGACGGAACCCGCGGCUUUCACUGUGUCACUGUUAGUGAGAGGGGAAAGACUGCUGCUACCCAGACUUGAUAUGUGUAGCAUCCUUAUGCAUUCCUUAUCCCACAAAGUAAUGAGAGAUUGGAAAUUUGAGCUGUUCUUGGCCAUGUUGCUCUGCCCCCACCUCACAUUUGAGACUGUAGAUAUAUUUUUGUUGAGUGCAUCAGUUUUCAGUCUUUGUUAUAUUUUUAUACAACAUUUUGAGUUACCAUGGUAACAUUAGUAAUUUACUAAUGGAAAUUUGAGUGAAAUGUAAAUUGAAAUUGCUUUGAAAUGGACCAUGUCAACUCCAUUACUGUCUAAACAUGUUAUACAUGGGGCGGGUUGGAGAGGGACUUCCACCUUAUUUUUUCUUUUUUUUUCUUUUCUUUUUUUUUAUUGAAGAAUGUUGUCCUGUCUUGUGUGUAAAAGCUUACAACUUUGUCGUGGAUGUGUAAGUGGCAUGGGCACAUGGACUUGAUAGAGAUAUCACCAUAUGCCUUUUCUGUAUUUGUCUACUGUGAGUUCCAUUUUUACAUGUUAUUUAAAUGGAGGCCAUAAUCGCUCCACUGCCAUAAAGGUUGGACAGUUAAACUUUGACGUAUGUUUUAGUUUUUUAUUUAGCCUUUUAUUUUUUUAUUUCACUAUUUUCAGUACGCCUUGUCACUUAGGAGGGGCUCUCUUCUAGCCCUGUAAAUGUUAAUUUGUUCAACAGGUAGCUGCUUUAUUUAUUUUAGUUUUGUUUUUUUGUUUUUCCUUGGCAUCUGUUUCCAUCAGUCUAAGCUCACAGUAAGGUUGGAGGGAUGUUCAGGUCAGGCAGAAUAAAUGCUCAUGUUCUUGCCUUUACAUCUGAGCUGGGGUAUUUUGACAGUGCGAUUCCUAUUGUACAAAUAAAUCACUAAAAUUGCAA